AUGCUGCCACGGGCUGCGCUGCCUGCUGUGCAGGCGAGGAACAGCUCUCACUCGCCUCUGGGUGUGCCAUCGGCCAACCAGCGCAAAAAGGUCACCAUCAACACGCUUCAGUCGCUGUACCGGAAGAGCGAACCGAUCGCCAUGAUCACCGCCCACGACUUUCCAAGCGCGCAUGUCGCCGACCAGGCAGGCAUCGAUAUGGUCCUGGUUGGAGACAGCCUUGCCAUGGUCGCGUUGGGCAUGGAGGACACGAGUGAGAUUACGCUGGAGGACAUGUUGCUGCAUUGCCGUUCGGUUGCGCGUGCGACCAAGGCCGCCUUCACGGUUGGCGACCUUCCCAUGGGCUCCUACGAAAUCUCGCCGGAACAAGCACUCGAAACUGCAAUCCGCUUUGUGAAAGAAGGCCGCAUGCAGGGCGUCAAGCUUGAAGGUGGUAUCGAGUUUGCGCCAACCAUUGCCAAACUCACCCGCGCUGGCAUCCCUGUAGUGGCCCACAUUGGGUUGACUCCUCAACGACAAAACGCCCUGGGUGGGUUCCGUGUACAAGGCAAGUCUACUGCGAGUGCUCUUAGGCUUCUCCAAGAUGCUAUUGCCGUUCAGGAGGCUGGAGCUUUUGCGGUGGUCAUAGAAGCGGCACCCGCGGAGAUUGCGAGCCUUGUGACGAAGAAGUUGAGAAUUCCUACCAUCGGUAUUGGUGCUGGCAAUGGAUGUUCCGGACAAGUGCUGGUCCAGGUGGACAUGCUCGGCAACUUCCCUCCUGGACGAUUUUUGCCGAAGUUCGUCAAGCAGUAUGGCAAUGUCUGGGCCGAGGCUAGUCGGGCUAUCACUGAGUACAGGAAUGACGUGAAGUCUCGUGCCUAUCCUGCUCUAGAGCACACCUACCCCAUUCCCAAGGACGAACUUUCGGAGUUUGAAAAGAUUAUUGCGGAGAAAGAGGCCGAAGCAAAGGUUACUUAG